CAUGCAGUAUGUAUUUUUAGACUUUUGCUAGCACGGAAAUAAUUAUGUGUGUAAUAUUUUUGUUCAUAUGAAAAUAGGUGGAAUUCGCUGAUAUUAUUCUGGUGAUAUAUUAUAUUCGGAAGGAUAUCCUUAUUUAAACCAGAGGUUAUGGCUGAAAUGCCCCAGCUUUUGAAUGGUUAUCACGACAACCACCACCGUUGCCAGCUUUUCAUAAAUCCAAAUCAUGAAAAUCCUCCUCAGACCUUCCGGCUUCGAACUGUAAAGACGCCCUGGUCAAUACAUAAUCGGUUCCUUGAACACCUUGAGGCUUAUGGACUCCUACAUUUUGCGAACAUCGCAGCUCGUCGAGGUAGUUUUACUGCCGACCCAUCCCUUUUGACAUCCCUCGUUGAUAGAUGGAGACCGAAGACCCACACAUUUCACUUUCGAUGUGGAGAGCUUGCACCUGCUCUAAAAGAUGUGUCAAUGAUCACAGCUUUACCAAUUAGAGGUGUGCCAGUGGUACAUCCACGAGUUUCUUCUAAUUGGCCAGCAGAUGUCUCUGCCCGUCUGAGGCUCGAAAUGCCCAUAUCAGAUCGUUCUGGUCAGCCUCGAGGUGUCCCACUCAGCUGGCUUCAUAUUAACUUCGAAAUUUUAUCUACCCAUGCUGAUCCUGAGACAACGAAGAGACACUUGUUUGCAUAUUUGUUGUGGCUCUUCGGUGUGAUGUUUCCUAAUUCUCACGGGGAGAUAGUUUUGCCUGGUCUCAUCUAUUUUGCCACAAAGAUAGUAGACGAACCUUUACCCCAAAAUCCACCAUAUAGCGUUGGUUCUGCUUUGCUUUCUCACACAUACCGAGGGUUGUGUGAUGCCACUCAAAAAACUGCAUUCACAUCUAAAGCUCCAUUACUUUGUGUCUCCUACGAGUUUCUACACUUGUGGUCCCGGGAAUACUUACCUGUAGGACGACCGCGGAUAGUAGAACCCGCAACCCCGUACAACUAUGGUGAGGGUGUUGUAACUAUGUCCAGCCGGUGGAUGCUGGGUCGAAAAAAAUGGUCUACUAAAAUUGCAAAAAAUUGUUACCCCAUAUACCAUGAUCAGUUUGAGCUUCUUAACGACUCACUAAUAACAUGGAACCCGUGGACUGAGGCGCACAUUGAUAUGGUAUUUGGUUCGCAACACAUGCCGGUGAAAUGCGUGAGAGAUAGUGCCUUCUGGAUGACUCGCUGCAAUUUACUCUAUCUAUGGUUUGUGGAACCGUAUAAUCCUGACCGUGUCAUGAGACAGUUCGGUCUAUAUCAAGAUAUUCCAUCACCGGUUCCAAGAUGUAUUGACGAAGAAACUCAUAAGUAA